AGCAGGCACCGGCGGGACGCCCCACCCCUUCCCCCAGGCACCUGCGGAAGGGUGCUAGGCGCGGAUCCUUGCGGAGGUGAAGGGACAGCGUUAGCCGGGAGGCCCGCAGCUGGCACGAGGACAGGUCGAAGCUGCAGGGCCACUAUGAGCCUGGUAGCCUGUGAGUGUCCACCGGGCCCAGGCCUGGAGCCGGAGCCCUGCUCACGAGCACGGCCUCAGGCCUGCAUGUACCUGGAGCAGAUUCGCAACCGGGUAGCUACAGGGACGUCUGACGUGACCAAGCGUGACUACCUGGUAGAUGCAGCGACACAGAUCCACCUGGCGCUGGAGCGAGAUGUUAGUGAGGACUAUGAGGCGGCCUUCAACCACUACCAGAACGGUGUGGACGUGCUGCUCCGGGGCGUACAUGUUGACCCCAACAAGGAGAGAUGCGAAGCUGUGAAGCUGAAAAUUACCAAGUACCUCCGGAGGGCCGAGGAGAUCUUUAACUGCCACCUGCAGCGGGCGCUGGGCAGCGGAGCCAGCCCCAACACGGGCUUCAGCAGCCUGAGGCUCCGGCCCAUCCGCACACUGAGCUCUGCUCUGGAGCAGCUGAGGGGCUGCAGGGUAGUUGGGAUCAUUGACAAGGUGCAGUUGGUCCAGGACCCCGCAACGGGAGGAACCUUCAUUGUGAAGAGUCUUCCCAGGUGCCACGUGGUAAGUCAGGAGCGGCUGACUAUCAUCCCACAUGGAGUCCCCUACAUGACAAAGCUGCUGCGGUACUUUGUGAGUGAAGACUCCAUCUUCCUGCACCUGGAGCAUGUGCAAGGAGGAACUCUGUGGUCACAUCUACUCUCCCAGGCUCACUUCCAGUAUUCUGGGCUCAAGUCUGACUCUGCCCAGGAGAAGUCAAAAGUCCGGCUCAACAACAGCCUCUGCCUCAUGAGCCCAACAAGGCUCCCAGGCCACACCUUGGGGCCAGACAGAGUCCCAGCGGGGCCUCCAUGGACUUGUCAGAGUCUAACCCCAGCCAGGGAGAUCUCAUCCCUCCAGCUUCAGGAAGAGGCUCACAGUGAACCCUCAGCCAGGGCCAGUCCUUUCUGUUCUUCCGACCUUAGAGAAGCCCCAUGUGGCCACUUGCGCAGUCAAGUCCGGCGAGCGGGCCAGAAUUCGAACCCUGCACCCAGCCGGAAGCUCCACUGGGUACAGGAAGGGGCUGACCGGGUGCUAGGGGCCUAUGGCCGCGGCAGAGGUCAGAACCCCCCAUCAGCAAACAGGGCCAGCCUGGGGUGUGGAAGAGCUGUGUGGAGCCGGAGGGAGGAACAGGUGAAGCAGUGGGCAGCAGAGAUGCUGGUGGCACUGGAGGCACUACACCAGCAGGGGGUGCUCUGCCGGGACCUCAACCCCCGGAACCUGCUUCUGGACCAGGCAGGUCACAUCCAACUCACAUAUUUUGGCCAGUGGUCAGAAGCGGAGUCCCAGUGCAGCCAGGAGGCUGUGGACUGCCUGUACAGUGCUCCAGAGGUCGGGGGGAUUUCUGAGCUGACAGAAGCCUGUGACUGGUGGAGCUAUGGGUCUCUUCUAUAUGAACUGCUCACAGGAACGGCAUUGUCCCAGAACCACCCCUCAGGAUUCCAGGCCCACACCCAACUCCAGCUCCCUGAGUGGCUCAGCCGCCCAGCAGCCUCUCUGCUGACUGAGCUGUUGCAGUUUGAUCCCCAGAGGCGCCUGGGUGCUGGAGGUGGUGGCACCAGCAAACUCAAGUCCCACCCCUUUUUCAGUACUAUCCAAUGGAGUCGACUAACAGGGUAAGGGGUGGGUAAGCAGACAAAGACGUCCUAGUUCUUCGUUGACCACCGGGCUGGCCCCUCAUCAGUGGACUUCAGGAGACACAGGUGGGGCAAUAGCCGCUUUUCCUGCUCAGCACCUGCCUGGGCCUCAGACUGAUCUGCCAGCCCCGUAGAAGCUGCUGCAGGGCCAGUGAGGUGCACCCUGCUGAGCAGCCUACAAACCUGAUGCCUGCUGAGCACAUACUUGUGCCCUUAGCUGGGACCCAUCAUGUUAAAGGGUGCCUUCUGUUGCUCUAGCUCCAACCUGAACACCCGCUGAGCCAACUGACAAAUCUGCUGACACUGCCUUGUUGUACACUACUUAAGACAUCUCAGGACACUGAACUCUGGUUCAGUAGAGCCAAACCAAGACUGUCCUGGGUCCAUUUUAGUGGGCAGCUUCCACCAGAGGAAGUUUGUCCCCGCAGGAGUUGUAUCACUCAAGUAGGUUAUUCUGUAGGGUCAAGUGGGGAGCGGUGGGGAGUAUGAUCCACGACUGUGGCAAAUAAAUUAAGACAAAGAACAGCCAGAAGGGUUGAGUGGGGGAAUGCAGCUUUACCACUUAGACGGAGUUUGAAACCAGAGUAAAGAGCUUUCUUCUCUGGCUGGCUCUCCUGUGUCAGAGGAGUCUGUCCCUCAGGGCCAACAGCAGACCAUUUUCUCAGGCCUGGUUGUUUUCCAUUCUGCACUUUGGUAUGAAGUUCUAGUCAGUUCACUGCCCACAGAAUAUAUGGACCAAUUUUAUCCAGUGCUUUCAGCCAGGUAUUUCUGGUCUCUGAAGAACUGGGUGAGCGGGUAUCCAGGUGUUGAGGACCUGCCUCAGGAUAACCCAGUUGCCAGGGUGUGGCACAUGCAACAAAAUUUCACUUGACAAAUCCUGAGAUCCCUGCAUUGUUACACCACAGGUGGUAUCUGGCAUGGCUCACCAAAUGUGUGUGUAUGCGUGCGUGCGUGGGGGGGGGUGUAACACGACACACCCAAUAUUCCUAUUCCUGAGUCUGGUGAGGACAAGGGAAGCGCACCUGCUCCACGGGCCACAUUCCAGCAGCCCUAGGGCUUGUCCACUCUAAUAAAGCCUAUCCUUUCUGUG